GCCCCGGCGCGAUCAUGGAGGGGGCCGAGGCUGGGGGUGCGGCCCGAGCCCAGGCCCCGCAGCCUCAGAAGCGCUACUAUCGGCAACGUGCGCAUUCCAACCCCAUGGCCGACCACACGCUGCGCUACCCUGUGAAGCCAGAGGAGAUGGACUGGUCAGAGCUAUACCCAGAGUUCUUUGCUCCACCAACUUCAAAUGAGAACCAUGACGAUCCAAAGGAGAAGAAAGAAAAGAAAACUGACAUCCAAGUAGAGUUUGCAGACAUCGGCUGCGGCUACGGAGGCCUGUUAGUGGAACUGUCCCCACUGUUCCCAGACACGCUGAUUCUGGGCCUGGAGAUCCGGGUGAAGGUCUCCGACUAUGUCCAAGAUCGUAUUCGGGCUCUGCGAGCGGCUCCCGGAGGCGGCUUCCAGAACAUUGCCUGUCUCCGCAGCAACGCCAUGAAACACCUCCCGAACUUCUUCCACAAGGGCCAGCUGACGAAGAUGUUCUUCCUCUUCCCUGACCCACAUUUCAAGCGGACCAAGCACAAAUGGCGAAUCAUCAGUCCCACGUUGCUGGCUGAAUAUGCCUACGUGCUGCGAGUCGGGGGGCUGGUCUAUACCAUCACAGAUGUGCAGGAACUCCAUGAAUGGAUGUGUACCCAUUUUGAAGGACACCCACUGUUUGAGCGGGUACCUCUGGAGGAGCUGAGUGAAGACCCCAUUGUAGGACAUCUGGGCACCUCCACAGAGGAGGGAAAGAAAGUGCUACGCAAUGGAGGAAAGAAUUUCCCUGCUGUCUUCCGAAGAAUUCAGGACCCCACCCUCCAGGCAGUGAAUCCCAGCCCUGCCCCUCCCGGCCACUGACUGCUAUCUUGCCUGAAAUGGACCCUUCCUCUUUAGGGACCUAGAAUGACUAAGGGCCUGAGCGAUGGUCCAGCGACUGGGCACUUGUCUUGCACGUGUCCAAUUCCUGGCAUCCCAUAUGGUCCCCCGACCACUGCUAGGAGUGAACCCUGAGGGCAGAGCUGGAAGUCACCCCUGAGCAUCACUGGGCAUCACCCAAAAGAAAAAAAGGAUCAGGUCUCUGCACUCAGGCUGAGACUGCUGAGGCUAACAAACUACUGAGGCCUCUCCCAAAAGAACUCUUGCCUUAUAGGUGUGAGGCCCUGUGCUCGUUCCCUGGCACCAAGAGAAAGGAAGUUGAGUGACUGUCCCUGACAGAACAGGUGGUAUUCAUAAGGUCCCCCAUAGUGCUAGCAGAAAGCAACAAAGCUGACCGGGCAGGUGAAAAGAUGCAUCUGAAGGGAUUUGGGGAAGGGUCACGUGCUCCCUCUACCUCUGGGAUCACCCCUCACCAGGAGUGAGGAAU